AAGCGGCAGGAGCGCUCACUACUGCCUGGUCUACUGAUUCAGUGAGCUACCCUGCCCUGUCGCCUGGCUGCGUGGGGGCAGGGACAUCGUCGGCAAGACGGAAGCAUCGAAAGAACUCGCAGUAAAACGCCAAGAGAUGAAUGGCACCUGUACGUCCCCAGGGCCGGCCAUGUGUAGCGUUGCCGGCGGCCAGGGGCAGGGAGGAUGGAUCCGUCAUCCAUCCAAUCCAAGGCGCGUACGUGCAGGCAGGUAGCACGUCGCCGCAAGCCGCUGCUUUCCCGUUCCGGCGACCACCACCAGCAGCAGCAGCAUAUAUGCAUAUAUAUAAAAACCUGUCUGCCCUGCCUGUUGAUCCCAUCCGACGUGGGCUACUCGCUGCGCUCGAGGCCACCGGUGCCCAAUCAUCACGCUCCCGCCAUCAUGCCCACAGCCCUCCUCUCCUUGUAGUUCCCAUUUCCAACGAGGACGGAGAGAGAUCGAUCGGUCGGUCGGCGGUUGGAGCUGGGAGCUACCGGGAUUCGAGGAGGAAGAAGAAGGAGCAGGAGGAGCAGUGGGUGAUGCUGAUCCUGGAGCUGGGCAUCUGGGUGCUGCCCUUCACGCUGCUGCUGGCGCCGGCGCGCCGGAUGGUGCGCCUCGUCGCCGAGCUGCAGCGGAUCUUCCUCGCCGUCGCCUGCCGACGGGCGCCGCCGCCCACGCUCGGCGAGGUCUGGAGCCGCCUCGACCGCCUCGACUCCGCCAUCGUCGUGCCAUGAUCAGUAACCGCUCCUGAUCCUUCUUCCUCUUCCUCUCCUCUUGUACAUGGCGAUGAUCCGCCGAGCGCCAUGAAUGCGGUGUUUCUCCCUGGAGAAAGGGCGCUCUGCUCUCUUGCUGUAGAUUCUAGUCUCGCCGCCUGUCUAGUGUCUACUCUUCCAUUACGGUUUCUGCUUCGCCAUGCAUGAUCCGUGUAAAUCUCUGUAAUUGCGCGCCCCCAAGAGGAUGCGAAAUGAAUUUCAGUUCAGCAGUGGUAGGUCGAUGGACAGGAACAGUUCAUCAGAGGGAAAUGGAUCCUCCUCUGCCAGUCUGUUGUACAGAGUGGACGAGAUUGUUAAGACAAAAAAAAUCUCCAUUUUCUGUUCUCA